UGUGUUUCGCUCAGUUGCGAUUAAAUAUUCGGUUAGUUUGGACGUGUUAACGGUGAGCGAGCACCAGACAAAUACUAAAAUUGCAAUAAACAAAUGUGGCAAUAGUCUUCGCUGAUCCAUAGUCGAUUUAAAAUUUGUCUGGGCAGACGAAUAUCGAGCUGCCAACAAGAAAGUUGUGUUUUCCGGUCUUAAAUUAUAUGUGAGAAUUUAAUUAAAAUUUCCGAUAUCGAAACAAAACUGGUUGUUAGAAGAAUUCAGUGCUUCUGUUGAAUUAAUUUGUGGAUUUGGAAUGUGAACGUUGGUGACAGUGCUAAAUUUGAAAUUCGAAACGAAACUCGUUAAAUUCUAGUUUCUCAAAGUGUAAAGUGUGAAAGAAUUUGAGAAUUAUUUAAAUCACAACCAUACACACAAAAAUAUUAACGAAAGUAGAUAAAACUAUUUGUGUCCUUUACCAAAGUUGCUUCAAAAUCUGGUUAGAAAUUGAAAUACGAAAAGAUUAUUAAUUCAAUUUCGAACUGAGUAAAACUGCCGAGCAUAAAAAGAGACACGGAAGUGUAAAAUACGCCGCAACCCAAGUUUCAAAUCUACAGUUGCACAAAUAUGUACAUACAUACAUUUACAAAUACACAACCGCAGAUAUAUUGACACUUUAGUCGGUAGACACAUUUGCCAAGGGUUACAAAGGGAAGUUUGAAAAAGGCAAAAGACAACAUUUGUGGCAAAUUCGUUAAAAUUAUUUGCAUAAUUCUGACACACUGCUCGGUUAAAUAGAAGUCGCACGCAUAAAAACAAGGAGAAGCGUAAAGCCACCAACAAAAUCAACCAAGGCAACAGGAUUCUAUAAACGUUGGCUCCGAAGGUGAAUAGGCGCCCCACGGAAAAGCGGCAUUCAUUGACUAUAUAAGUCAACUGGGGAAUGACAUAGAACCAGUCAUUAUUUACAUACAUAUCUCCGAUGCUGCUUAGAUGCCAACCAUAUCUCGAAAUCCAUAACUACCCACACUGAUAAGAGCUGGAUUUAAAGGACUCUUACAAGUAGCAGCUUAAGCAUUUUAGAAAAUCGAAUUAAUUUACUACCAGCAACAAACACAAUGCAGCUGUUAAUCUUCAUCUUAGCCUGUUUGGCACCCUCUAUUAAGGCAUAUCACGUAUCAGCCGCAUCAGCGGGAGUUUCUUUCAUCAACGAAAAUGAUCUGGAUCGAGUGCCACAGUCAACCAAUACACAGAAUGCGGCAUCGAAAACGUUGCGAAAUCGUCGAAUGUACGCUAUGUGUCCGCCUCACUUUCAAAGAGUCGGUACCGAAUGUUAUUCGAUCCUGCCACAGUCCAGCAGCUGGUUAGAGGCGCACUUUUUCUGCAAGGACAAAAAUGCAAAAUUGGCAGAACCACAAAAGAAUGCCGAUCGCAAAUUGCGUAACUUCCUCAAGCACUACGAUGCUGAGCGGCUAUUUGCAGUAAAUGAACCCAUUUGGAUUGGCGCUACUUACGAUUGGCAAAGUAAUGUAUGGCAGUGGAGUAUUAGUGGCAAAAACCUAACCUAUGACGCAUUCAGUCGGAUGGAACCUGAGAUCAGACAGAAUUUGGAAAACCAUUGCGCUGUGUAUGACCCAAAUCUGGAUUACAGGUGGUCUGCACGUCCUUGUCCGGACAAAUUCCGUUUCAUUUGUCAACAUAAAAUGCCGAAAGUCAGUGAGAAGAAUCGUCACAAAGUCUACAAUCGUUGGAAUGCCACCUACCCACAUGAAUUCGCGAAUGAAGUUAUAUUGGAGGUGAUGGAUCAACCCGGCAAAAACGGACCCAGGUCCAAUGUUAUCGUCAAGGCCGUCGGCAGCGAGGAACAGAUCGUCAUCCCCAAGACCCGCACUCAACGUCAAGGUGGAAAUCGCGGACGCGGACGUGGUCGCCCUCACGACUUGCGCCGCCGCCCCCAAAACACCCAAACUAGACCGAGUGUUCAUCCAAACGAUAUCGAUUCUGAAUCGACCGACAAAUCGACACCCACUUCAUUAACAACGGCAGUACGUUAUAACGAAAUACCCGCUCCUACGACAACGGCUCCAGUUACAGGACCACGCCGGCAUAGCCAUCCACGAACGCCCCACGACCGCACCGUGUGGCGGCAACGACAGAAGGAGAUGCGUCGGCUGCAACGUAAAAAAGAGCGAAGUCAACACAUGCAACAGGAAAAGGAACGACGUCUGAUCGAGCAACGUCAACGCAUACGAGAAAAUCAGUUGCGUAUGCAGCAACAACGCGAACGUGAGCAACAAGUACAAGAUCAAGAGCAACAGGACCAGCAACAAAAAUCACAUGAACAGCGAGAGCAACCGGAACAGUCCAACCGCGAAGUAGAUGAACUGCGCCAGCGCGAAGCUGCCGACCAAGAACGCCAACGCCAGCAACAGCUGCAACAGGAAGAGGCGGAAGCCAAGCGAAUCGAACGCGAGAAAAGCCAACGCGAAUUGAAGGCACUGAAAGAAGAGCAGAAAAGGCGUGAGGAAGAGUAUAAUAGCGCCGAGCGCAUACGCCAGGAGCGUAUAAGUCGCCAGCGCGAACGCGAACAGCAGGAACGCAAAGAGCGAGAGGAAGCGCAGCGCAAGGCCGAAGAAGAACGCGCCAAGGAGGAGGAAAAGCGGGAACAAGAACGUUUCGAGAAGGAGAAGCAGCAACGGGAAGAAUACGAAGAACGCUUGAAAAAGGCAGAGGACGAUCGUGAACGACAGCUGCAUGAGCAACAGGAACGAAAGCGCCAGGAAGACGAAUACAACCGUAAGCGAUUAGAAGAAGAGGAAAAACAACGUCAAGAGGAAAUCAAGCGACAGCAAGAAGAGGAAGAGAAGCGGCUGGAGCUGCAGCGACUCGAAGAAGCGCGUAAGCUAGAGAAACAAGAGCUGGAGCGUCUUGAGGAGGAGAAUCGCCGCCGGGAAGAACUGCUGCGCCAACGGGAAGAAGAGAUCGCGCGGCGCGAGGAAGAACAACGGAAAUUCGAAGAGGAAGAGGAGCGCUUAAAGAAGGAGCUCGAAGAAGCGGAAAGACGACGUAAAGAAGAACACGAAGCCCAGAUCAAUCAGGAGGAAGAAGCACUCAAGGCACAAGAGGAGGCCGAACGAAGAGCAGCGGAAGAGCAGGAACGUCAACGACAAGAACGAUUUGAAGCGCUGAAAAAGCAAGAAGACGAGCGUGUGCGACAAGAGCUACAAGAAAAGAAACGCAAGUAUGCAGAGCGACUAUCGCGCCUCUCACCCGAGGACCAACGCAAAUUCUUCGAAAUGCGAAAAGGACGAAAGGCCAAGAAACUACAAGAAUUACACAAACAACAACAACAAGCGAAUGGCGGCAACGAGGCCUUCGAAGACAAGUAGAUAGAGUGCAGGAAAUUCGCCAAAUCAAAUGAUAUUAGAAUUAAUGGGAUAACUGCUGUAUUGAGCCGACCCUAAACAAGGAAAUGAAGUCGCUGCUCGACUGUUGUAGCUUUGAUUUAUCCCAAAAACCUCGUUAAGAAAUUAAGCUAAAUAUAAGUCAUUUUAAUUUAUGUGUGUAAGUCAUUGCUGCCAUUCUCUUUUAUUUCGAAACACGCUCAAUGCUUCUUGUUUUUAGGUCUUCAAAAUACUUUUUUUUCUAAUUUGAUAAAAUGCAAAAAUUUAAGAAAUAAGAUUUAAAAAAAAAAAUGUAUGUAUGCGUUAAUAAUGCCACGGAGGCACUAGUAUUAGCUUUAGUUGCAAACGAGCAGCGUUCCAGUGACGGCUACUGCUUGACAGCAGUUGAAAGUACUCUCGAUUGUAAAUUACGAAAAUAAAAUAUUGUAUUCUCAUAUAGUUAUUGAUUUAUAAGUGGAUCUACAAUAGGCAGCUUAAGAAAAAAUAAUAAUAAUUUAAAUAAAUAAUAAUAAUUUCAGAAAGUCGCAAAAUAAGAGUUGUUCGUUUGUUUGUAAAUAAGAUGCACACAGAUUGGAAAAUAAAAUUUUGAAGAGUGCAUGCACGACCCCUACCGUUUUGUAACUGUAAUUUACGAUUCAACACAUGUACACAUAAUGAUUAUACAAACAUAAUAGUUUUAAUUCUAAUUUAUGUAAUAUUUAUGUAAAAGCACUACCAACUUUUCCUUAAACAUCCAAUAAUUUUACACCUAAGGGAUUCACAAGAUAAGUAUGCAAAUGUUCUACCAAAAUUUUACACAGAAUACAUCUGCAUAAGCACACAUGUAAAUACAUACAUAGAUGCAAAGCAGGAACUAUUCCAGAAAUGCCAUAAACAAAACAUUAUUUUGGGAGUUGUUUAGUUCUUCCAAAAAAAAAGAGUACUAAUAAUAAAAUAGCCGAGCAAAAUACCAACAACUGCUUACGGCACAACCAGUGACGACUGGUUCUUUUAUGAUUUUUUCCGACGAAUUAGAACCGUUUUUUGAAAUUAUUAGAUGGGCUCAAGUUUUUGAGAUAUU